AUGUCAUGUAACAUCAUCACCACGACCGAAGAGGAUGCAUCGAGCAACUUUGGAUGCAAUAUCUGUCUUGAAUUGGCUAGAGAUCCGAUCGUGACUCUAUGUGGUCAUUUGUUCUGUUGGCCAUGUCUCUACAAGUGGCUCCAUUAUCAUUCCCAAUCGAAACAUUGCCCUGUUUGUAAAGCUUCCGUUAAGGAAGACAGUUUGGUUCCUUUGUAUGGAAUGGGUAAGCCAUCUUCUGACCCGAGAUCCAAGCCAUGUUGUGGUGUUUCUGUCCCGGAUCGUCCAUCUGCGAUUAGGAUUGAAACAGCUCGUCCUCCUCUUGGACAAAGACAUCAUGGAUCUAUUUUGUUUGGAGGGCAUUCAGGGUUUGCUCCAAUGCCAACUGGUACCCGGUUUUCCAACUUCUUGUUGUAA